AUGCCAGCUCCAUCAACUGAAAAGCUCACUGUAACCUUGCGCUGCUGCCUUCGGAAAAAGAAUGUCUUUGUGGAGAGUAGAUGCCUCCUCUCAUUCUCCCUCACCGCCGGAGCCUUCUCCCAUCCCCACGAGCCAUGGCGUUCUCCGGCGUGCAGCGAUACCCGCGGCGUCGUCGACCGCGAGCACGAUGGGGGGGCGGGGGGAGUUGAAGUGGAUGCACUGGAGGUACCGGUGCUCGCGCACGAAGCCGCGGGCGGGGCCACGAGGUCGACGAGCGCACCGCCGUCCGGGUCGAUGAGGGAGCCUGCGGAUGGCGGACGACAUGGCGCGGCGGCCGGGGAUGGGGCGGGAGGUGGCGAGGCGGAGGCGGCGCGGGAGGGGAGGGGAAGGGUGGUGGAGAUGGAGUGCCAUGGCUGCCUGCUAGGUGUUCGUCGCUGCGCUGCACCAGUUGCCGCCGUCUUCACGCCAGCGAGGGUGGUUUUGGCCACCAGGACGCGCUGCCAGCGGCGGCGACGCGACCCACGGAGGGCCCGUCGUCCGUACGCUGCGAGGAGCCUCUCUUCGGAGGAGGGGACGGCGGUGUUUUGUGGUCUCAACCUGAGCCGCAGCUCACCGGCCUCUUCGGCCAAUUAUGUUCGAUGGUGGGCGGCUUUGCGGUUCAGGAGCUGGUCGAAAUCUGCAUCCCAAGGCUUUGGGUGCAUUUUUCAGUCCUUCGCUUCAUUUCCUUCUAUGCGGUGUAUCUGCUUUCGUGAGGUGUACAAAGAAAUAUCCCAGGAAAUAAUUGAACACUUGAAGUACCACAGGAAGUGGCAUGAGCAGUUGACAAUUUUAUUUCAAGGACGUGCUCAAGUAGGCUCUUGCCGGUUGACACCGCACCUUGUGCUCGUCGGCCUGAUGUGUGCAGCAGCGACUACGGCGUCAACAAGAACGAGCAUAAGGUACAUGUUUGGUGACGUGCAUUUAAGAAUGCGUUGCUGGUUGAAAAAUUCAUUAACUAUGCUCCUUUGGCGGUAUAUUUGAAGUAUGUGACUUAUUACUGAUGUAACUACCAUUUUUCUCUGUUUCUUGAAAACCACACAUGACGUCUUGUGCUGACUUAGGAGUUAUCACUCACACAUGAAUUAUAUUGGACGUUCCUUUGUUGCUGGGCGGUGAAAUUACUUGGUGGCAUGUAACCUGGACAAUUCGUCCUAAGCUCCAUCU